GCGCGGCCCGAGCCCGCUCCGGGCGGGUCCUGCUGCAGUCCGCGCAUCGCCACCUGCCAGCGGCACCGCCAGCCCGGCAGCAGCCGCCUGGAGGAGACGCUGCGGGGGCACUUGUUUAAGGAGUACCUGCCUGGCUGAACCACUGGGUUAUUCUUUAACUGUGGGAGAAGUGCCUGUGCUGCCUUCACGCAAGCUCCCUACUGGCUUUCUGCAGUCGUAAUUUCUCGGAGCCGUCUUUCCCUUCUCCCUCCGGCUUUUUCCCGCUACUUCUUUUUCCUUCCCACCCCCCCCUUUUUUUUUUUAACCCGAUCGUUAUUCGCCCCCCCAAUCUGUGCUGCCUCACUAGCUCUCAUUAUGCUGUGCUCAGUGGCCCGGUGUGUUCCCCGCCUCUGCUAGGCAGUGGCAGCAUGGAUGGUGCUCUUGUGACGACCUCUGCUGAUGCUAUCAGUCCACUGCGGAUAGGCAUGCUGAGUAAUCCUGCUGUAAAUGGGCGAGGACACGGACACACGGAAAAUUAACCACAGCUUUCUGCGAGACCACAACUAUGUGACUGAAGAUAUUCCCUGCUGGCUGCAGAGUGGGUGGAUUCAGCUUCCUUCUGGAGCCUGAGCAAAUCAUUUGAUGAAGAUCUUGCUUUCUGCUGCAUCCUAAGACAACAUGGAAGGGGAGAGCAUCUAUGAGGUUGAUUCUGGAGAUGGACUUGGAGGGAAAGCUAUAAGGAAGCUUGUGCGCAAGGCGACUCUGGUGGCAUCUAGAAUCCUCACAUUUCCUUGACUGAAUCCAUCUGGGUUUAGCCCUAUAUAUAGUAGACAAGCUGCACUGCUUGCACUGAUAAAUUAUAUCUUCCAAAUGAUAGACCAAGCUGAUAUUAUUUCUACAGUUGAGUUCAACCACACUGGAGAACUACUGGCUACUGGUGACAAGGGGGGUCGAGUUGUUAUAUUCCAAAGGGAACCUGAGAGUAAAAAUGAGCCUUACAAUCAGGGGGAGUACAAUGUUUACAGCACUUUCCAGAGCCAUGAACCUGAAUUUGAUUAUUUGAAGAGCUUGGAGAUAGAAGAAAAAAUAAACAAAAUCAAGUGGUUACCACAGCAAAAUGCAGCUCACUCACUCCUAUCAACAAAUGAUAAAACAAUCAAGUUAUGGAAAAUUACUGAAAGAGAUAAGAGACCAGAGGGGUACAACUUAAAAGAUGAAGAAGGAAAACUUAAAGAUCUUUCUACAGUAACAUCACUGCAGGUGCCUGUAUUGAAACCUAUGGAUUUGAUGGUAGAAGUCACUCCCCGGAGAAUCUUUGCUAAUGGUCACACCUAUCAUGUCAACUCAAUAUCCGUCAACAGUGACUGUGAGACAUACAUGUCAGCGGAUGAUCUCAGGAUUAACCUCUGGCAUUUAGCUAUCACAGACAGGAGCUUCAACAUUGUAGAUAUAAAGCCAGCCAAUAUGGAGGACCUGACAGAAGUGAUCACAGCCUCUGAGUUCCAUCCCCACCACUGCAAUCUCUUUGUCUACAGCAGCAGCAAAGGAUCCCUGAGACUCUGCGACAUGAGGGCAUCGGCUCUCUGUGACAAACAUUCCAAGCUUUACGAAGAACCAGAAGACCCCAGCAACAGAUCAUUUUUUUCAGAAAUUAUAUCUUCAGUGUCAGAUGUCAAAUUCAGUCACAGCGGUAGAUACAUGCUAACAAGAGAUUACCUCACUGUCAAAGUUUGGGAUCUGAACAUGGAAACAAAGCCCGUAGAAACAUACCAGGUCCAUGAUUACCUUAGAAGCAAGUUAUGUUCCCUCUAUGAAAAUGACUGCAUCUUUGACAAGUUUGAAUGUGCAUGGAAUGGAUCAGACAGUGUGAUAAUGACAGGUGCUUAUAACAACUUUUUUCGAAUGUUUGACCGAAAUACAAAGCGGGAUGUUACCUUGGAGGCUUCCCGAGAGAGCAGCAAACCACGAGCUAUUCUUAAGCCCCGGAGAGUCUGCGUUGGAGGCAAACGGAGGAAAGAUGACAUCAGUGUUGAUAGUUUGGACUUUACUAAGAAGAUCUUGCACACAGCAUGGCACCCAACCGAGAACAUCAUUGCUAUAGCAGCGACAAACAAUCUGUACAUAUUUCAGGAUAAAGUGAACUCAGAAAUGCACUAGAUUUAUCAAUAUCCCUCUAUAUUUACAAACCAGCCUUUUGAGAGUUGUAGAAGGAUGUGAUCUUCACAAAAAUUGUGGCUUCUGUGGUGGGAUUUGUAGGUUGCAUCCUUUCAUCCCUCAGCCUGUAUCAUUAUUGGUGGCAAGCCAACUAUUUUCCAUCACUGCAACAGUAUGAGUAAAAGGCACGGCUGCAAAUCCAGUACUAUGGUCUGUAUCGAUCCCUCUAAACAAACUGGGAUAUUUAUUCACUUUGGGAACGUUCCUGAGGAGAGCUGAGGCUCCUCAACUCCCGUCCAUCCUUUCAAGGGUCUCAGUGGUUUGCAGGACUGUGCUGUUCUGGUGCCCUGCCUGCUUUUGCAGCCACAGCAUUUACCACAUUGUUAGAGCUUUUUGCCUCGAUCUCUUGAUUGUUUUGUUUUUUUUUUUCCAGUACUGUUUUCCUGUCUGUCAACUAAGCUGAGCCUGUUUGAGAGAAUGAAUAGCCACAUCCCUUUAGAGCAUGUGGCACAUUGGAGGGGCCUCAUGACAGUUAUAGCUGGAAGCAGAAUCCCUGCUGGUGAAAAGCUGCCCCAUCUCACCCUUCCCAUUCCCUUCUUUACAAUGCCCUCUUAUUUAUUUAUUUAUUUAUCACAUUACUUUGUGCUUCACCUUCCCAAGUGAGUAAGUUACAGACUGGUAUAGUUACUCAGCCAGUUUAUGUUAGGAAGUUUAUUCUCCAUAGAUCUCUUUGCUCUGUUUAAAACAGUAAGUAGUGUCUUAAUUGUAUGGAGGACUGUUAAAAAACUUGGCAUUGCCACUCCAGAGGGACCGUCUGGUCAGACAGAGCCUGGCAGUUAACACACAAACCCAUCCUACCAUUUGGGGGUUGGAGUUCUGGAAACCUUGGCUAGAAGUGCUAUGAAGGCAACAACCACCUUGAGUGGGAACAAAGUUACAUCACUGUAACUGGGUAAAGUCUCUUAUUUGUUGAUUGCAGAAUGGUUAUGUUAAUCCUGGCCUUUGGGGGUUACAGGCAGUGCCUGGUAUCUGUUAACUGUGAAAAGAAUGAUACUGUGAGAGGCAGCACUGCUCGGUGAAUUUUAAUGCUUUUAAAUGAGUCCACUGUUGGGAGACAAAAUUAUUCCUGGAGAAACAUGAAAAAUCAAAAAAUCCAAACAAAACCUUCUCCCACAUAAAUACUGUUAGAUCUAUCUCAGUUAUAAAAUGAUUAGUGAUGUAAGUGGAAAAGGAAAGUACACACAAUGUAGUGCAUGCAUGAAUGAUAUAGGGAUGGUGCAGUGGGCUGGAAGCCCUUCUAAUACAGGAAAAGAAAGUUCUGCUGCACCCCCAAUAACUCUGGCAGAAAAUUCAGGAUCCCAAAGGAUUUCUACUCAAACCGUGAAUAAAAGAGCACAACUCACAUGGCCUGUUAAUCUGCCCAUAUUAAAACUCCUCAGAAAAAGAAAAAAGUCUUUAAGCCAUUAUGCACUGAUUUCUUGGUAAGUGGAGAAUGUACUGAUGAAGGGAUCUGCAUGCUUUUAUAUUUCAGUUUGGGGGGAAGGGUGGGUGAAAAUCCGCUUACAAGAAAUAAAAAACCAAACUCUACAGCUUUUAUAUGACAUCUCAACACAACACCUGAAAUCUGUCUGUUUGAAGUUUUCUACAUCAAUGCUGUAUAUUUUGUGUGUAGAAGCACAAACGCAUGUGCACCAGUUUCCAGCCACACUAAACACAUAUGGUAUGAAAUGUGUAGGGUAAUUCUGAAGGGAACAAAGAAUGUUUGUUUAUAAAAUACUGUGUGCUGUAGUGGGCAUGGACAGUAUAUGUACAUACUUAUUCUAAUGAAAUUUAACAAAAUUGCCUUUUCCUUUUUUUUUUCUCCUUGUAAAAAGGUUUAAGAAUGUGGUAAAUUGUAUAGAAAACUUGUUAAUGCCAAACUACUGCUUCAAGGGUGUCAUACAAUUUCUUUGACUUUUGGCCCCCUCCAUUAACCUUUGCAGCUCAAAAAGAAAAAAAAUUGCUGUCAGCUCAUAUUGGCAUUUACAGCUAGAGAUACUGUAAAACAUAUAUUUAGCUUUUAACAGUCUGAAGUAAGAGUCUAUAGAUAACUUAUUAUAAAGCAGAUCUUAAUGCAACGAUUUUUUUGUUUUUCAUUUGAAGUACCUUACUCUGUUACAGCUUUGGGUACCAAAAAGAACAUGUUAAAAUUAAAUAAAGAAAUAUAUCUUUGGAGCUUUAUAAAACUAAUUAAAUACCCAACCAAAAUACCAUGAAGUGAUUAUAGAGGAAAUAAAUAGAAACCUUUCAAAGACCAGUAUUCCGUUCCUGUCUUUGACAUCACUGCUACAGAUCGGUUUCCUGGUUUCUUGAAUGUAUGGAGAGUUAACAUCGUCAUUGUGAACGUUUCCAACUUUCUUUCUCUUUUUAGUUUGAGCUUUCAGUGGCGUAGAGUAAGUGAUGGUAAAGUUGGUAAAUCUGAUUGUUUUGAAAGCUGUUGUUCAUGGCUGCAUUUUUUGUGUUGCACAAAUUAGCUAAUUGUUGUUGAAUAAAAAUAUAAAUAUGUUAAUACCAGCUUUUUCAAUAAAACUACAACAAAAAAAAGGCAUAAA